AGUCAAUACUAUUCAGGAAGUGGAAAACUACAAAUUUCAGGUUUAGGUCAUACUGAAAAAAACAUGCCAAUGAUGGUGAGCUGACAAAGGAUUUCAGUAUGGUGUUUUUUGCCGUUGUGCUGGGUGCAGCUGUACUUUGCUGCAGUGUACUGCUUGUGUUUGGUUGCGUUUGUCACCUUUUCAAGCGCCAUGGAUUUACUAAUUUUGAGGAUGAAGAGAGUGUACGAGACGUCUCUAUGUAUCCAACCAACCAGAGUGUACACGAUUCCUCAGAUGUAACUUUUGAACCAUUACCCGAUAUACUAGCCAAAACAUUAAGUAGCAGAGCACUGAGGCCCAGAAUUACAUGUAGUGACAAAGAGAAACAAUUAGCCGCUGCCAAGCUUGUCACUAUAUAUAAAUCAUUCCCAAGGAAUCAGCUGCUGUAUAUCAAGGAGAUAGGGCUUGGAUGGUUUGGACAGGUACUGCAGGGUAGUGCAGAAAACAUACUGCCAGAGAGUCGACACAUCAAAGUUGUAGUGAAGAUCUUAAAAGAUGAUGCUACCGCCAAUGAAAAAGCUUUAUUUUUGGAAGAAGUUGCACCAUACAGGGAAUUGGACCACCCAAAUAUUGUUAGGUUGUUGGGACAGUGUACAGAGACGACACCCUUUUUGACAAUAUUAGAAUAUUCAGAAAUGGGAGACCUAAAAUCCUACUUGUUGACCAACAAAAGUGGACCAUUUAUACAGUUUGCUAUAGAUGCUGCCAAAGGACUUUCCUUCAUGCACAAACAUUCCUACAUUCAUCAUGACUUUGCUGCCAGAAAUUGUCUGUUGAUGUCUGACUUGUCACUUAAGGUUGGAGAUUACGGCAUUGGAGAGGACUUGUACAGGGAAGAUUAUUACGACACUGGGCGUGAUUUGUUGCCAAUACGCUGGAUGUCUCCAGAGUCACUCGAGGUGAAACAAGGUGUCUGGCAGUUGAAGGAAUUUACAGUUCAGUCUAAUGUCUGGUCAUUAAGUGUACUGUUGUGGGAGAUAGUUUGUGUAGGUAGGAGACCGUAUAUCAACCUGAGAGAUGAAGAUGUUCUACAAAAAGUUAUACGUGAAGGAACAGCAAAGUUGCCACCACCUGGUUCUGAUAUACCACUGCAUGACAGAUGGUUUGAAAUAAUGGAAAUGUGCUGGCAAGAUGUUGAAGAUAGACCUUCAACUGAUGACAUUUUAGCAUUCCUGCAACAAAUUGAGGAGGAAAUGACAUCAUUGUCACAUGACCUUAGUGCUGCUACCUCUAAUGGACCUGUAAACCAGACUUGUCCUCAGUCUCCAAGUUCAUUUGAUUCCAAGUUCGUGAUGUCUAAAAAUGUGAACCAGUCUAACCAACAUGUAGCAGAAGUUCUUGUUCACAGGGUGGAUGAUGGGGGACAGAAACAAGGUUUUGAUGAUGAUUUUUCAAAAUCUGUCAAUAUCAAGAAAAAUAAGAAUUCCGAGGGGUUUGAAGAUGAUUUUGUUCAUGUUGAAGAAAAUGCCAAUGACCUAUCCUACCUUUCACAAAAUGAUUCCAUACUGGCAUAUGGGGGUAACAGUUCUGAAAUAGACAAAGACAUUUUUGCACCAGAUCAGAAUUUGAACUUGCAACACCCACCAGUUCCAGUUGGGAUGAGUACACCAAGUAAACAGUUAUUGACCGGGAAAUCUAACCUUUCUGAGGGCUACAACACGGCACUGAGCAAUGGCACUUCCCUCAAUUCAAAAUAUGUUACGGCUUCUGAUGGCAAUUUGCAUGUGUCUGCUUUUAAUCCAGAUUUAGUUAGAUCUAACAGUCAAAGCAUUUCACCAUUUAACCCAGACUUUGUCAGAUCUGAUCAUAAAAGUAAACAUUCUUCAAAAGAACUCUUUGGUGAAAAAUCAGAGAAUCAGAACAGUGACGAAGGAUAUAGAACAGGUAUGAGCAAUUCAGCUCCAGAUAUAGUGUUAAAUAAUCAUAGUGAUACAGGUUCUACAAAACAAACUCACGAUUUAGGUAAUGAUAAUGAUUUAAAUCAGAAUGAAGACAUGAAUAAUAUACAAUCAUUGAAAAGACUAAGUCCUAAGUUUUCAGAUUUAGAAACAGAAAAAGCUAAAGAAAUAUACAUGUCAAAAGGUGCUGGUUUGCCAACCUCAAUAGUUCAUAAAUCAAGAUCUCUUGGAACCAUUCCAGAAGAUGGAAUACCAUCAGAUAAUACAUCGCAAAGUGGGGUCGUGUUUGAUGACCCGGAAUCUGACAUUGGCAUGAAUUUUGAAUGGGAUGAUUAUGAAGGUGAACAAUUAGUUGGACGUGUUCGUUUUACAUCUGAUGAGUCAGUCGGUAGUUCACGCUCGCCACGUCAUGUAGAAGUUGAAGAGUGGCCAUUUGACCAGGACUCUAGCAGUGAAAGUCAUUCCAAGCCGGGAAGUAUAGCAAGUGAUAGCGAUGCAGAGGUAACGAGAAUGUCCGUCGGAUCCAACUCCAGCAUAGAUACGCGUGCUCGAAUAGCUAGCAUACUUACUAACCGCUUGAAUUCUCUUAUUAAACAGACUAACACCUCUCAUUCUGGUCAGGGCAUGUUUUACUCAUUUUCCCAAUAUGAUAAUGAUCUAGAUUCCCCAGAGCAUGCAUUUACUGAUACAGAUCAUCCUCUAGGUAAAGCAUCUGUUCAUCCAGAUGCACAAGCUGUUUUGAGCAUGCCCAGUGGAAGCCAAGGAAGGGAGGCGAUUGAUGUAUCUGAUGAAACACUUCCACAGGGGCAGGAUGGGCAGUUUAUCAAAGACGAUUUGGACAAGAUCGCAGCAUCUGUACUACGGAAAGAUGAUACACCAGAGGUUGUUGUUAGCGAGCCUCAUGAUCGAAUGUUGCCAAACACAAUUACUGAUGCUAUGGCUUAACUCUUCCAUAUAAAUGUGAUAUUUGUUUUUCAAGUAGCCAUAUUUAACAUUAUUGACAAUCUGUAAGGACAUUGGUCUGUUAGCUGUCUGCUCAUCCUUAUGUUUGUUUAGUGGAUUUUAAAGUUCACCUCAGCCAAAGUCUUGAGGUGAGCGGGUCAGAUCUUAUAUUGUCUGUUACCUGAUAUCUGUUGUGAUAAACCGAACUUGUGGAUACCUUAGCACUUUUGUUUAUCAACACAAAUUUCAGCCAAAGUAACACAGAAGUUAUUGUAUAUGACCUUGAGGGGACAGGGUUGGUUUUCUGAUUAAGAAAUAGCAAAUUUUCUUCUCAUAAAUGAUAAUAAAUCAGGUGCCACUGUGAUCCUCUUGUUGCAUUUGUCAUUGAAGGUUGUAAGACUGAACACUUGACUAAUACACUGAAGCAGGAUUAAUUGAAGACUACAUGUAACGAUUGGUAAAUUUAAAAAAAAGCCUAUCAUGUUUAUGUAGUCAACUUCAUAUUCUAGACUUGUGUUGCAGUUGUGUAAGAAUGUUUUAUCCAGAUAGUCAGGAUUUGCAUUUAGUGUGUUUUACUGUACAGAUAAUUUAUUGUUAUUGCCGACUAAAUAUUUGUGGUGUGCACCAGAUAAGUAAUUGUGAUACACCCACUGAUUUGAUAAUAUAUAGGUGUAUACUUUCCCGGUAUGUCACAGUCAUUUUCAGAAACAGGCUUAGGUUUUUGUUGUUUUGGCCUACUGAUGUACUGUAUUGUCAGUGUUAAGAGAUCAACCAGGGUUCUUAUGAUAUACACACAUUUGGUGCAUUAAACAAUGAGUAAUACAGAGACUUGUCUAAAUACAACUUAUUUCUGAUUUGAACAAAAUGGGUUUAUAUUAAAAUGACACCUGAUGGAUCAGUAUAGAGGGAAUUGUUAUUUAGAUCCACAAUGUUUUUGAGAAAUGCUUUCCAGACUACAAAUUGAAUUACAGCAGAUGUAUGUAGUAUGCAGCGGAAAGUUUGAAUAAAUACCAGUAACUAGUAUUUCGAUUGAUUUUUGGCUAGGACUGCAAUGUUUGUACAAACGUUCCAUUCAAACCAGACUUUAAUUUUGCACUUGCAUUUAACUUCCUUCAACAAGACAUUAAUCAGGUGUUAUAUUGAGAAAGCACCAGCAACCUGAUAUAUAGAAGUAGAAGUAAGGAAAGACAUUGUCUCUGUAUUAUGAUUGUUUGAACAAGAAACAAUGAGAAUUAUUGUUGUGAUAAUAUAGUAGCAGCUAUAGAAAUGCAUUUAUGUUGAAUACCAGUAUAUAUUUUGUAUCAUUCAUUUACACAAUUUCAUUUUGCUUAUUAUAUACCUGCUGUUUCUUAAAAACACCUUAUUCGUUUUACAUUUUAUGAACAAUAUCAGAACAUGUUUACUUGAUAAGUGAUUUUUAUGCCCCCAGCAUCUACUGAUGCAGGAGGCAUAUAGUGAUUGUCCUGUCUGUACAUCCGUCCAUACGAGGUUAACCAAAUGGGACCGUUUCGUCUAGCAUCAAUACCCCUUACUAGAAUGACUUGAUACUAAUGCAGAUGUAACCUGUGACUAUUCCUCAUCUUCAGACAUCACCUGACCUCAGUUUGACCUUGAACUUGACCUUGUUUUGGACUUAGGUUGCUUUGUAUUGACAAGGAUGCCACUGGGGGCAUCAAGCGUUUAUUGAACGCAGCUCCUUGUUUGAUUUAAGAUGGAAUGGAGUAGACAAAAAACUGUUAAAAAAUUUAACCAUCUAUUAGUAUAGAAGGUUGAGUUCAGUGUAUUAUUGUUAGAAUUAUCUUGCUGUAAACUAUGGUACAAUUUCGUUUGUAAUGUUGGCAAAUUAAUGGAAAUUGUUUGAGUAGACAGUUGUUCUGUAAAAAAAAUAACUUCAUAAAUCUAUGUUGUUUUCUACUUUAUGUUAGAUAUAUCAGCUGCAAUACUGGUUAUAUAUUUGUUCAGAUUGUUCAUUUAGUGUGUAUAAAUAUUUCUGCUUCCUUUUUGUAUUUUGCAAUAAAUAAUAUAUAUAUUUGUAAGUAAAAAGAUAAACCAUAACUUUACUGGUGUAGUUAGGACAUCAAACAAUUGAUUAUUCAUAAAGUCAGUAUAUAUAUAUAUAUAUUACAAUAUACCUAACAUAUUUCUAGUCACAAACUUACAGGUAAAAGGUUGUUGGAUAUAUUAAAGAUAUGUUUUAUAAUUUGUUUGACCUAAAUUUUAGGCUACACAUUUUCCUGUUCUUAGCUGUAUUUAUUGUUCAUUCCAGAAUGAAAUAGAAUCAGUUGAUGGGCUAAAUAAAACAACUUUUUUGUCAAUGCAGGCUAUAUUUUACUUUUAGUGUAGAAUUUGGAAAAUUUUGUCAAUUUUUGUAUGAUACCUGCUUGAAGAAUAGUGGACUAAUCAAGAUGACAUUCAUGUUGUGUAAUACAGAAUUCAUUUUCACUACUACUCAUUAAAAUCAUUUUAUGUUUAUGGCCUGUAUGUGUUUUGAUGUAUUGUUAAAAUGUUGUUUUUUUCAUUUUUUCACCCAUGUUGUUAUAUCUUUUGCACUUAGAAAGCUAACAGGCUUAGCUUGAUAGAUUAUAGGGCUAUUAUAACUUUAUUUUCUUACUCUGAAAUCCAAAAAUAUCCUCAAGUAGAGAUUACAUCAUCAAAUCAUCAUUGAAGCUUUAAAUAAAUUACAUGUUGUGUAAGUAUACUACUAGAACAUUAUUGAUUUGAAGAUGUGUAUGUUACAGUGAACUACAUAAAUCCUUAUCUGCCAUAGCAAGCUCAUCUCCCAAUAAUUUUUAUUUUAUGAUUUUUAUUAUUAUGAUUAAGAGUUGUUGCCAUGUCAUACUUGUAUGACUUCCUUUUUUAUUGCAUAAGUUACAUAUCCUCAUAGGUGUCAGAUUUCAGAACAAGAUAUUCUUAUAAUAUAGCCUUGCACUGCAACUAUACUUUGGAAAACUAUAAACAUAUAUUAACCUGUAGCAAGGAACUCCAUUAAAUUUAUCAGACAGUCCUUCAGCAGAUGCUUUUUAUUUUUGGAUUUAAAGUAUUGAAGUCACAACGUCUCUAAUAUUGGUAGGACAGUAAUAAUACAGUCUGCUAUAUUAUAAACACAGACAAAAUUUACAUUGGAAUGUAUUUUUCAUAAGCAACUGGUUUUAAACAGUUGAUGGUGUUAAUUUUAGAGUUUGUUCCAUGUGGAAAAUAAUGUAACUUGAUUGUUUAUUCAACAGAAAUAAAGAGGUUUCUGACUAGUGCAAUAAAACUGUCUACAUUUGUUGUUUCCUUUCUUUAGUUUUCUGUUUGAGUUUAGGGUUUUGGAAACCUAAAGUUAGUAUUUUUAAAACCCACGCUAUAAGCUGCAUUGGUCAGUUCCAGUUUUAGUAGAGUCAUUGCAUUGGACUUCAAUUGAAACGCAUCUAAAGCUAAAAGCGUGUCCUGAACAAGUUUUGUGUUUUUGGCAAAGGUUUCAAAAACUUCACUUUUUUCGAUUUUAAUAUGUUUCUUUGCAGGCUCAUCACAAUCCGCCAUUGUUACAGGUUGUACUUUGACUCAUGUUUUCCAUAAAGUUGUUUCUGACAAAUGCAUAAAAGGAGAAAAAAAUGGAAACAAAAAUGCUUUGGCUUAUACAACAUUUGAAUAGCAUUAUAAUUAGUUAAUUGGUAAGCUUGGUUGUUGUAAGAAUUCUCAUGCUAAGUUUUUGAACAAAGACACAUUUUGUUAUCAUGGCUUAAAAAGUCUACAUUAAGUUUUGUAUUGUUACCAUGUCAAUAUCAGUUGUAUUUUUUCAAAGAUUAUUUAGUUUGAUAAGUAAUUUACCAUAUCAGAUUGAUUAUUUAGAAAUCUUGUAACAAGAAUAUAUUGUAAUUUAGUUUACAAGCUGAAAACGAUUGUAUGUUUUUGCUGUCAAUAGAAUUGUCUAUUGUAACCAAAUGUAUUCUUGAUAUACAGUUGGUGAUUACUUGAGGUCACACAGGGCAAAAUGAGUCGUCUUGUGUUUCCAGCAGUGUGCCAGGGACCACAAGAAUUGGUGCUCGAGCCUUUAGUGUGUGAGCAAGAGGUGUUUCACUGUAAAUGUAACAUUCCUCCAACAUACUGUUUGGUAACAGGCGGUUAAAGUUAUUAAAGGUAUAUUCCAAAUCUCACAAGUCAGUGUUUCUGCCCCAGGAGACCUGAUCAUAUACAGUUUAUAUCAGAUUCUGAAAAAUAAAAGAAGAAAUUCCUACUAACCUGUUACAGAAUUGAUAAAUCAAACAGUACUUCAUUAUUCCUCUGUUAUCUCCUCACCAAACAAUAAUCCAUGUAUUCAGUCAUCAGUAUGUUGGUAGUAUGUCUCAGAAAAUACUGUCAUGAUGUAAAUAGCAUUGUUAAAAAUGGGAAAAUGUUGCCAAAGUUUGAGCUUCAUAAAAAGCAAAUGAGUAUUAUUAUUUACAGAAAAAUAAAACAAACUAGCA